GUCACAAUAGGGAAUAUGCAUAAAAAAUAAAAUGGCCUGAUUUUUUUUUCCCUAAGCUUUUAAGGUCGCAGUAUUACACUCAAUUCGUUAUUUCCUAAUUUAAUAUGCAUUUAAUUAUUUAAAACUUAAAUCAAAAAGUGAAAAAUUUACGCGCGUAAUUCAAAUUUGUAAAACGCCUCGUGACGUCAUAGGGCACAUUAUCGUCCUGUCAGUCAGUCACGUGUACCAACUCAACUGUCUGUCAAAGUGUCAACUCAUGGUAGAGGUACAGCUUGUGUUUGAGAACUUUGAGAGAAAAAUUGGUUGUAUUUCUAUACUAGCUUAGUUUUCUAAAAUAGAAAUAUCAAGCAUCAUCAAUAGCAAUGACGGACAACGGUUUUGUGAAAGCACAGUCGGAUAAUCUUCCAAAAAUAGAUGCAUUUAUGAUGACCACAUAUUUUGCGUCAAACCCAGAUUUUACAUCUGCUGAGGUUAAAGGAGUAAAAGCUGCAAGGUCUCAACGAGAAUCAUACGGCGAUUCAGCUGUAGGAUAUGUACAAAUUAAACGAGAAGGGAACUUAUGUGUAGUGAAAGCUCGCAUCACACCAGAGCACAAUGUUCGUCAGAAGUCAUAUGCAGUACAAGCUGUAUGUGAUGAAGCUGAAGAAACUGUAAUUUCUGUGGAAUGUCUGGAUUGCGCAGCACACUUAGGAGGAUGUAAACAUGCUAUUGCAUUUUUAGCAUGGCUUCACCGACGUAGUGAAGAUCCUCCAAGUACAAGCAUUGAGUGUUAUUGGAAAAAAUCCAAGCUUUCUUCAGUUGGUACUAGCUUGAAGUUUAUUAAAGCAAAAGAUAUUUGCAAAGCACCUAAAGUGAAUCCCGCAUCAAAUUCCUCAAGCACUGGCAAUUUUUUAACAGUAGUAAAAAAUAAUUGUGUGAGUGUUGGUGAUACAAAUAAUCAUCUGAUGAAAUUUUAUCAAUCUCCAAACAAUGCAGAGAGACUGUCGAUCCAUCAUUUGAUUCUUGCAAGCAAGGCUACAAACCCUGUUGAGUUUGUUGAAUAUUGCAAACUGGUAAUGAGUACAGAAGCAUGCGAACAAGCUGAAUUGAUAACUAAAGACCAAAAUGACUGUCCAUUAUGGCAUGAGCUAAGAUAUGGAAGAAUCACAGCUUCUAAGGCAUAUGAGGCUGCACAUUGUAAAGUUCUGGAUGGUUCCUUAACGGAGAACAUAUUGGGAGCAACCAAACUAAAGGACACAGAAGCUAUGAAAAGGGGGCGAUUUUUAGAAAGUCAGAUGGGGAAAGUACUGUGUACAGCAUAG